UUUGUUUGUUUUUGCAGCUCUGGACCCAGCUCUCCCCAAUUUCAUACUUGCUGGGCCAGGCGAGCGAGUAGCUCGCGGUGAUGCAAAUUACGUAGAAGUCAUUCAUACUGACGCUGGUUUCUACGGAUACGUAGACCCGAUUGGGGACAUCGAUUUCUAUCCAAAUGGUGGUUCCCAGCAACCUGGUUGUGUUUCCAACAUUUGCUCCCAUACGCGAGCGUACAAGUAUUUCGCAGAAUCCAUCAACAAUCAGGCAGGUUUCGUUGGGUACAAGUGUGAAAGCUACUCGAAGUUCAGAGAUGAUAUUUGCGACUCAAGUCCUAAGGCUUACAUGGGAAGCAUGAAACCGGAUUAUGAGGCCAAGGGCAAAUAUUACUUAAACUCGAACGCAAAAUCCCCAUAUGCUUUGGGUGACGUUGCACUUAAACAAUCAAGCGCUUAAUGAUUGAUGCGCCUUGAAUGCGUACGUUUAAUCACAGUUUUUCAGAAAACAUUGAAAUAUGAAUACUAUUGUUGUGUCAUGUUGCUACGUACAUGCUCUUGCUGAACUGAACCAAUUAUUGUAACACAAUGAAAAUAAAUUAGUCAAUCAUUACAAUUA